AUGACUAGGGGGAAAAUAAAGCUUGAGUAUAUUGCCAAUGAUGCAGAGAGAAGGGCAUCUUUUAGAAAGAGAAAGAAGGGAAUAGUAAACAAGAUUAACGAACUUUGCACCCUGUGCGAUAUACAGGCUUGUAUUAUAAUCUAUGGUGCCUAUGAACCUCAGCCAACAGUUUGGCCAUCUCGGCUCGAUGCUCAGCAAAUUAUUUCCAGAUUUCGGGAACUUCCAGAAGUGGAACAGACCCAGAGACUGUUCAACCAGGAAUCCUAUACGAUUCAAAGGGUUCAGAAGUCUCGUAAACAAGCCGAAAACCUUCAGAGGAUUAACAGAAUAACAGACAUGGAAAUUCUGAUGCACCAGUGCAUGGCUGGUUUGUCCAGUCUGCAAAAUGUCCCUCUAAAUGGCAUAACCGAAAUGGGACGCUUGGUGGAACAAAACAUUCGGGACAUCAAGACCCGAAUGAAGGAACUGGAAAAGAACUGGGUUACGAAUUUACAAAUGGGUGAGAUUAGCUCCACUCCUCCUAGGGAUGACGCCGCUGGGCCCAACUUUAGGGAAUUAAGUCUCUUUCAUAAAUCAUAA